AUGGCUUAUGGCCUGCCCAGGAAGAACACCGUGGAAAGCGUCCUGCGGGGCAGCUACACAGUACAGCAACCUUGGGAUCUUGCACUGCUUACAGAGACCUGGUACACAAACAUAACCAAAAUCAGAUUUCCUUUCUUGGAAGAAAUUACAUUUGGUGGUCCUAUAUACCUCAAAAAGUAUAGAACCAAUAAGGAUUGUCUGCUCCCUUCUGCAGAAGAAGUCAAACUUGAAAGGGAAUAUGAAAUAAAGCGCCUGAACAACCUGAAAUGUCAGGAAAAAGUAGCCGAGGAAAUUCAGCUUGCCCUAAGGGGAAAGCCAGUUGGUUUGAGAAGACCGCUUCCUCCUAAGUGACAAUCGCUUCAUAAUCAAACCUGUAUUCUGCGCUUUCUGCGUCUGAAGGGGAUGAAGGGCUGCCACCUUCCUCUGUGUGAAGUUCUGUGCAGGCAUCCGAAUGCCACUGUGGACGAGGCAGCUGGGGUGGGUUAGAGGACAGCUCCGACAGAUCUUCUACGUCCCCACCACCCUCUUGUUCCAUUGCAUCACAAGCAAAACCACGGUAGAACAGACUCUGGAGUUGACUUCCAGCCAUGUUGCCUUGUCAUUUACUAGCUUAGACCCUGG